CUUCACGACGGCAAUCCGCGACUUCGGCACGUUUCUCACGACUCUAACGCCCCCAACCCUUCCGACACAAUGGCCAAGCAAUCUCGUGGUGCCCCUGGUGGCAAGCUCAAGAUGACCCUCGGUCUCCCCGUCGGUGCCGUCAUGAACUGCGCCGACAACUCUGGUGCCCGUAACCUGUACAUCAUCUCCGUCAAGGGUAUCGGUGCUCGUCUGAACCGCCUGCCCGCCGGCGGUGUCGGUGACAUGGUCAUGGCCACCGUCAAGAAGGGAAAGCCCGAGCUGCGAAAGAAGGUCCACCCCGCCGUCAUUGUCCGACAGUCCAAGCCCUGGAAGCGAUUCGACGGUGUUUUCCUGUACUUCGAGGACAACGCUGGUGUUAUCGUCAACCCCAAGGGUGAGAUGAAGGGCUCUGCCAUCACUGGCCCCGUCGGCAAGGAGGCUGCUGAGCUGUGGCCCCGUAUUGCCAGCAACUCCGGUGUCGUCAUGUAAAGAGGCUGUUAAAGAAGGGAGGGAAAUUUUUUUAUCAAGAGAGGAAUGAAAAAAGACAAAUGACCAAGUCCCUCGAUGCGAUCUUAUAGAAGCGUGGAAAUCUUUUCCGUCUCCUGUCCCUUGUUCUGAUUUUUUUGUUAUUUGGGGAAUGGGAGGGGGAAAAGAAACGGGAAAGUAAAGUCGCUGGAUUGGCAGGCUCUUGCAUUUCGGUUGCGGCGUGUAAGGAUGAUUCAAUAUCAGGUAUCGCAUCAAAUGGACAAAGACAAAAAAAUAUCCAAGUCCG